AAGGAAGUCUUUGAGCGUUGGUUUUUGGGGGUCUCGAGUGAUGGGCUUUUGGAUUCCAAACAGAUGCUGUGGAAAUGUGGGUUCGGGUGGAGACGGUAAAGCACGCUGCUGUAGAGGUGUAUUAGCGAACAUGCAUGGAGCCAGUGGCCCCGGGCUUGUGUAUAUUUGCCUUAUUCAACCUUGUUUACUUGCCGCGGACUAAAACCGCGUUUGCUCGCCGUGAGUCGAAUUGUGUUUUUUUUUUUUAUUAUUGGCCUCGAGCUGUCAGUUUGUGUUUGAUACAGCUAUGGUCCAGCUGUUUUGGGGGCUUGCAGUCAGCAACGCCUAUUGGUGCGCGGUGCCCUGAACUUGAACUUUAAUUUCGCACCCCCCGAACUGAUAAACCCGAAUAUUAGGCUGGAGCCGUUCCGUCCGAGUGGCCGUCAAAAAUCCAAAACCGGCCCGAA